UUUAUUCAGAGUUAUUACAAGAAAUUCAGUCCGGAGAGGGGAUCGAGCAAGGAAAAAAGGUUUCCCCACUCAUAGUCAAACUAUCAGUUUAUAGGUGCAUGUCACCUGUUAUCACAGAGGCAACUACAUCAGAUGCGCUCUGUGACACUUUGAAGACUACAAAGAGAACACUUCUUAAUUUUGGCAUAAAAGACAUCAUAGACGGAUAAGAAAAAGAAGAAAAAACCUGGAUCACAUCGAACUGCUUUUUUACCCCUGCUCUAGGAAAAGUACGCUGAUCGCUACCGCUGCGUUGUCGUUAACAGUAAAACAGGUUGCACAGAGUAACUGCUGUAUGCCUUUGCGGAAUGAUUGGACGGACCCGUUUGUCCAAAUGAACAUAACGUGCGCGGAUCACCUGAUUCAGAUUGUUGAAGAGGAUUUCAGACAACCGCAGUACGUGUGUUCUGAGAAUUCCUUACGGCGGAGAGUUAAAUGCCGAAACGAAGUGCUUAAUUGAUACAUACUUCGCCAUCACCUCUAAGGCAGAUUUCUCUCCCACGGACGCUUGUGCUUUUACGAUGGAACAUAGCAUACAUUUUUACUCGUGAAUGACACGUAGCUAAUUUGAGUGUUGAUCACGUCAAAGAUCUUAAUGUUGGAGUAAUUCUGCUAUGUCUUUCCGUUGCCAAACCAUGGGGAUUUUAAUAAAGAUGUGCGAUUGCCAUAUUCAGGAGAAUAAAUCACAUUUUCACUAAGAGACCCUUCAGAAGAAAACGGAGGAUUGUGUUGCCUUGCCUACGAAUUCACGGAUUUGUGAAACCUGCAGUCUCGUUACAGUACAUCCUAUGGGGAAAACUAUCUGAAACACAAAGUGGACAAGAAUAUCACACACUGCCAUGGACCUCAAAGAUUUUUACCUGUUGGCCGCUCUGGUCACCUGCUUUUGGCUUGACCCAGCUAUAGCCCAAGAGUUGAUCUACCCGAUUAGAGAGGAGCUGCAAGAAAAUGUUCUCAUUGGAAACAUACCAAAGGAUCUGAACAUUUCCCACACGAAUGCUGCAACUGGAACAAGUGCUAAUCUGGUUUACAGGCUGGUUUCAAAAGCUGGAGAUAAACCGCUGCUGAGAGUUCUAAGCAGCACAGGGGAGAUCUUUACAACUUCUAACCGGAUUGACAGGGAGAGACUCUGCCCCGGCCCCUCUUAUGAGGAGAACGAGUGCUCUUUCGAGAUUGAAGUUGUCAUCUUGCCCAACGAUUAUUUCAGGCUUAUUAAAAUUAAGAUAAUAGUCAAGGACACCAACGACAAUGCCCCCAUGUUCCCCUCUCCGGUCAUAAACAUUUCCAUUCCAGAGAACACUCUGAUUAACAGCCGCUUUGCCAUCCCCUCUGCCACUGACCCGGACACAGGCUUCAACAGCGUGCAGCACUACGAGCUGGUGAAUGGACAGAGCGCCUUCGGACUGGACAUCGUGGAGACACCGGAGGGGGAGAAGUGGCCCCAGCUCAUUGUGCAGCAGAACCUGGACCGGGAGCAGAAGGACACCUACGUUAUGAAGGUUAAGGUGGAAGAUGGGGGAAAUCCCCAGAAGUCCAGCACCGCCAUCCUCCAGGUUACGGUCACUGACGUGAACGACAACAAACCAGUCUUUAAAGAGGGCCAGAUUGAGGUGCAUAUCCCGGAGAAUUCACCCCUGGGCACAUCAGUGGUGCAGCUGCAAGCCACGGAUGCUGAUGUGGGCCCCAAUGCCGAAAUCAGAUACAUGUUUAACACCCAGGUAUCUCCGGCCACCAAAAGGCUGUUUGCAUUAAACUCUACCACCGGUCUUAUAAAAGUGCAGCAGCCGCUGGACAGGGAGGAAACCGCCAUCCACAAGCUGUCAGUGCUAGCCAGUGAUGGCAGCUCAAGCCCAGCGAAAGCCACCAUAACUAUCAAUGUAACAGAUGUGAACGACAAUCCCCCUAACAUAGACCUGAGGUAUAUUAUCAGUCCAAUUAACGGAACAGUUUUCCUGUCUGAGAAGGAUCCCAUAAACACCAAGAUUGCCCUGAUCACAGUGUCGGACAAAGACAUGGAUGUCAACGGUAAAGUGAUUUGUUUUAUCGAAAAGGACGUCCCCUUCCACUUGAAAGCGGUUUAUGAUAACCAGUAUUUAUUGGAAACCUCCUCACUGCUCGAUUACGAGGGCACCAAAGAGUACAACUUUAAAAUCGUGGCUUCUGACUCAGGUAAACCCAGCUUGAAUCAGACAGCCUUAGUCAGAGUGAGGUUGGAAGAUGAGAACGACAACCCUCCCAUUUUCAGUCAGCCUGUUAUUGAGGUGGCAGUCCCAGAGAACAACAAGCGGGGCUUGUUCCUAGUGACCAUCAGUGCCACAGAUGAAGACAGCGGGAAGAAUGCAGAAAUUGUCUACCAACUGGGUCCCAAUGCCUCCUUCUUUGACCUGGACCGUAAAACAGGGGUCCUGACCGCCUCCAGAGUUUUUGACAGGGAGGAGCAGGAGCGGUUCCUCUUCACAGUGACGGCGAGGGAUAACGGGACCCCGCCUCUCCAGAGCCAGGCGGCGGUGAUUGUGACGGUGCAGGAUGAGAAUGACAACAACCCCAAGUUCACGCACAACCACUUCCAGUUUUUUGUGUCCGAGAACCUACCCAAGGACAGCACGGUGGGAGUGAUCACUGUGACUGACGCAGAUGCUGGGGAAAACGCGGCUGUAAGCCUCUCUAUCCUGAGCGACAAUGAAAACUUCAUCCUGGACCCCAGUUCAGGGGUCAUCAAGUCCAACGUGUCCUUUGACCGGGAACAGCAGAGCUCCUACACCUUCGAUGUGCGGGCGGUUGAUGCUGGCUCCCCGCCUUGCUCCUCGGCCGCUAAGGUGACCAUUAACGUCAUUGAUGCAAAUGACAAUGUGCCUGUAGUGAUAUAUCCUCCAUCCAACACCUCCUUCAAGCUGGUCCCCCUCUCUGCUAUACCUGGGUCAGUGGUAGCUGAAGUGUUUGCAGUGGACAGUGACACAGGGAUGAACGCCGAGCUCAAGUAUGCUAUCGUCAGUGGCAAUGGGAAGGGGCUGUUCCGGAUUGACCCCGUGACAGGCAACAUCACUCUGGAGGAGAAACCUGCCACAGCCGAUGUGGGCCUCCACCGAUUGGUGGUCAACAUCAGCGAUCUUGGAUACCCAAAGUCCCUGCACACGCUGGUGCUGGUGUUCCUCUUCGUCAACGACACAGUGGGCAACUCCACCUACGUGUACGACCUCAUCCGCAGGACCAUGGAGACACCCCUAGACAGGACCAUUGAUGAGAGUGGAGAGGCCUACCAGAACGGGGACUACCUCACCAUCAUGAUCGCCAUUGUGGCGGGCGCCAUGGUGGUGAUCGUGGUGAUCUUCGUCACUGUGCUGGUGCGCUGUCGUCAUGCCACGCGAUUCAAAGCGGCACAGCGCAAGAAGCAGGGCGCAGAGUGGAUGUCCCCUAACCAGGAAAGCAAACAGAACAAGAAGAAGAAGCGCAAGAAAAGGAAGUCGCCCAAGAACUCCCUGCUCAACUUUGUCACCAUUGAGGAGACCAAGCCUGACGACCCCGCCCAUGAGCCCAUAAACGGCACCAUCAGCCUCCCAGCUGAGCUGGAGGAGCAGGGAAUAGGCCGCUUCGACUGGAGCGCCGCUCCGACCACCACCUUCAAGCCGAGCAGUCCUGACCUGGCCCGCCACUACAAGUCCGCCUCCCCGCAGUCUGCCUUCCACCUCAAGGCCGACACCCCGGUCCUGGUUAAAAAGCACCAUGUCAUUCAGGAGCUCCCCUUGGACAACACCUUUGUAGGGGGCUGUGAUACCCUAUCCAAGCGUUCGUCCACUAGCUCGGACCACUUCAGUGCCUCAGAAUGCAGCUCUCAAGGAGGUUUCAAGCCGAAGGGGCCCUUGCACAGCAGACAGGGAACAUUACCCCGGGCCAGAACUGAACUGAACCCUGAAUAUUUGGACCUCAGGUCCAGGGCCGAGUUGAAUCCCGAAUACUGGGCGCCCUGCACUCCCCUGUCGCAGCGGCGCGUUACGUUCCACCUGCCUGACGGCUCUCAGGAGAGCUGCAGUGACAGCGGGCUGGGCGAUCAGGAGCCAGCGUGCAGUGGGAAUCUCCUCUCACACCCUCUCCCUCUGGUUCAGCCGCAGGAGGACUUCUACCAACAGGCCUCCCCCGACAAGAGGACCGAAGCCGACGGCAACUCCGACCCCAACUCCGAUGGGCCCCUGGGCCCGCGGGGGCUGGUGGAGGCCUCCGAGAUGUGCACCCAGGAGUGCUUGGUCCUGGGCCAUUCCGACAACUGCUGGAUGCCGCCCAGCCUGGGGAACUACCAGCAGCCCAAGUCCCCCGUCUCCAGCUUCGGCGGUCAGAAGGAGUGGGCCAAAGACAAACUGCUGAACGGACACACGCUGGGAAGGACCUGGAAAAGCGACGGCAGCCGGGACAAGUGUGCCGACAGGAAGCAGUUUGGGAACGCCGAAGGACAGUUCAGCAGCACCGGCCACAUGGCGGACAUUCCACUGGCCAGCUUGAAAUCCUACAAAGAGGCCACUGGGAUGGAUAGCCCAAAGGAACAGCAGUUAUAAGGAUAUGAGGAAAGAUUUGUUUGUUUUUUGUUUUGUUUUGUUUUGUUUUAUUUUUUUCUGAAGUUGUCUGUCAGGCAACAGCAGACUUUACAGCUUUUUAUUUAGACUGAUGCUAUUGCUAUGUGAAAGUUAACGUACCAAGUAGGUCUCUAGAUGUGUGCUUUUUGCAGGAAGUAUACUAUACCGAUUCUACUUUGCGUUGCCACUUCCGAUGGUAUUUUGCUAAACUUGACACUGUUUUUUGAUUAUUCAUUCAUGUUAAUAGCCAGAGACUUACAGAAAGCUCAGACUUAUCAGUACGUUGUGCGUACUUCACCUACAGUGAAAUUAAGGCUUUUUCAGGACAAAAAUAUAAUACAGAAAAAAUGGAAGUCAUAGAUUAAAAUAGUUUAAAAAAUAACGAAAAAACUAAGAUAUUAUGGCUGACCAAUAUAUACAAAUACUGUGACGUGGUUGUUAUUGAGCUGUUUUGGGACUAUAUUAAUCAACACCAUCAAAGAAAAUGGAAUUACAAUUAAGAAAGCAUUGUGCUAUCAAAGCUGUUAGUGGACACUUGUUUAGUCUGUCAUCGUUAAAGUGUUUGUAAAUAGGAAAAAAAAAAUACUAACCAAUUUUGUGUAGUUGUAAUAAUCACAUGGAAUAGGACAGUGUUUCAUGGUUGCUGUUAAUUUUGGUUCAUCAUUAUAUAUAUACUGCAUUUUUUUUUCUUACAGUUUACAUCCUGUUGGAAUUUUCCACACAGGAUAGGUGGUAUAUUUAGAUAUAAAAUCAUGUUUUACACUCAAAUAUUGCUUGUGGAAAAUGUGAACACAUUUCAUUUUAAAUCGCACAAUAUUGCCCAAAAUCUCUGCAACAAAUCUGCCAGAUUUAUUUUUUCAAAAUAUUUUAUACUAUUGACAAAUGCAAAGAAAAAAAAAGAAGAUGAAAUAAAUAAUAAUCCAUUUCUAUAUGCUAAAAUUUAAACACUAUGAGCCUUUUAUUUCCUCAAGAAGAAAAGGUGAUCAAUUUAACAGCAAUAUAUUUGUAAAAGAUUCAGUGUUUUACUCAACUUUUUCUCAUUCUGGUAAGACGUUUUAAUUGAGGUUAUCGUUCUUUAGUUUCUUUCAACCUCUUCACUGAUUUCAUACAUUAUGCCUUUGUGACUUGCAUUGUGCUGAUGUAGGCAACUUGAACAUAAAAGAAAAGAUAAAAAAAGAAAAUAAUACUUUGUUUAAUGCCUUAGUCAGUGCGAGUCGGGCAGGUACCAGGAUAACAUUUCACGGAAAUAAAGAAAUAAAAAACAAAAACAAAAGUCUUAUAUGAAAAAUUUCAUGAUCUCAGAAGCAUGGACAGAAAAAUAAGAAAAAACAGGUUUUAAAAAAUAAUUAUAUAUAAAUAUAUAUUUAAUUUUAUUUACUUUUUUUUUUUUUUUAAGGCAUGACCGCCAGUUCAAAGAAUGGAAUAGCAUGCUAAUAAAGAAAUAGCUUUAAAUUAAUUCAGUUACGUUGUCAUACUUACAUUUCUUAAUUUGUACAUUAAUGAGAAGAUUCAUUUUGUAUAGCACACACACCAUGUUUAUGUCACCAUUCAGAAGCCCGGACGAAGGGAAAUAAUUGCUUAACGCAGUAUGUUUGUCAGUUGUGGGGGUGUUUGACAUCAUAAAUAUUUAAACAGUUAAUCCUUGUUACUGUUAUACAGGUAUCCAGCUAUUGCAAUAAAUGUUUUGAAUAUGUG